AUGAUGAGAUUGUAUUACGUGGAUAAACCCCAGUGCCCCCUAUUUCAAUAAAUUUAUAUCUUACAUCUUGAAGUAGCAUAGUCAACAACAGAGGCACCUUAAUUAAUUGUUGCUCUUAAUACAAGGACACCAUUAUUUUACCCUUAUUAUAGUGUGCUAAAACCUAAUAUAAAAUAACUAUUAGAUUUAACAGGAUAUUAUGGACUUGUAUAUACACUUGAGGAUGAAAUUUGAU